CACCAUCUCUCUCGCUUCGCCCCAGAGUCCAGAGAUGUCUCUCUCAGCAGCUUCCAUCCUCCAUGCCCUUCUCCUCACCCUUCUCCUCGGCGCCACGGCCUCCGUCACGGCUGGCAACGGCCACGUGAACCCGUCGAUGUUUACCAACGGCACCGAGACGUGCUCCAGCGCCGACGACACGACGGAGAGAUACAUCUGCUACCUCUGCACGGGCCGCAACCCGUUCCUGAUCAGGUACUGCCCCAUCUACUGGGACGAGUGCCACCUCGUCCUCGUCUGUUACGACGACCAGGCUUCCGACUCCAUUCCCGCAGUGCCCGUGCCGACGUCGCUAGGGCCGGCGGCGUCGGCCAACCCCAGUGAGCUGCACGAAGACGAAUGCUACGUCAUGAAGCUGUACUGGAACGGUAGCUACGCCAUCGUCACCCGCCUCGGCUGCGCCCGGAUCGCCAGAUGCCUCCUCUCUCCUGCGGCGGGGGCGACAUGGCUGGCAGCGACAGCCGACAGGGACGCCCUUGGCACCACCACCGCAGCGCCGGCGACGACGGCUGCGCUCCAGGGGAGAUUAACGUCACGACUCGCGGAUUUGCAGCGGUGCAGCACGCAGGUCACUACGCCGUCUCUGCAUGGCGCCGUCGUCCGGACUCGUGGCUAGCGCUGUGUUGGCAUGGACGCAUGGUCGCGUACGGCGUACCGCGCUACAUGUCGCCAUGCGCAGUGCGAGUGCGUGUCAGGUCGCGCGCAUGCGGAGUUUGUGCGGACCGGGCGUUUUUCCGUCCAAAUGACUUUCGGACACUUCUAAAGAAGAAAGAUGAGAGAUUAGCUGUGUUAAUCGGUAGGGAGCUUGCUUUGAUCCCGAC